AUGUCGACAUCAUUCGAUGAUUAUAUCUACUAUUUAUCAUUAAUACAAAAGAAUCUAUAUGCAUACGGUGGUCCAAUUGUUGUUAUUCUCGGUACAAUAUGUUGUACAAUCAGUUUGUUAGUCUUCUCUCAAAAGAAACUGCGCAAAAAUCCAUGUGCUAUGUAUUUAAUCGCAGUUAACAUAUCGAAUUUCUUAUAUAUUUAUUUAUCAAUAUUGAUAGUGAUCUUAGCAUUGGGUUAUAAUAUCGAUCUAAGUUCAUAUAACAUUAUUAUUUGUCGAUUUAUUUACUAUUUUUCUCUAUUGUUCGAUGGUCUUAGUUCAUUUUACUUGAUCUUAGCUUCGAUUGACCGAGUUUUAGUCACCUCAGUCAGUGCUCUGACACGACAACGAAGCACUCGUCGUUUGGCUAUUGCGUCUCUUACAUUGGGAACAAUAUUCUGGAUGGUAUUCCACUGUCACACAUUCAUUUUCAUCAUCAAGCAAGAAUUAGCACCGGGUUACUUUAUUUGCUACUUCCAAGCAGGUUUAUAUGCGGCUCUUGUUGGAUACUACUCAACCAUCAUCAAGGGAAUUCUCACGUCUUUAUUAUUGAUUAUCUUCGGACUUUGGACACGGAAAAAUCUUCGUAAUAUCCACCACCGACAAGUCGCUCCUCCAGGCGCUACAAACAUGCAUCCAAUCGGUCAAAAUGACACAACAGUUCACUUAAAGAACCGUCAAUUUGCUCUGAUGUUAUUGAUGGAGAUCUUGAUUUACAUUACCUUCACGUCGAUGUUAUCUAUCAUCGGUGUCUAUCAGCAAAUAGCCAAGAACGAAGCGCAAACAGCGUUCAAUUAUUUCAUUCGCAUUAUCGGCACUUUUGUUUCGUACACGCCAAUAUUCGCAAAUUUCCUCGGAAAUUUGUUCAUUUCAAAAACCUUUCGGUCGGAAGUGAGACGAAUAUUUUCGUGUCAAUGA